CGGCGUGUCGAAGGUCACGGCGCGCGGCUCACAAUGGAGCUGUCGGAGGCGGCGCAGAGCGGCUUGCGGCGCCUGGCCGAGCCCGGCCGCUUCUCGCCGCCGGCCUACGCCGCCCUGCUGCAGGCCGCCUUCCGGAGCCUGCUGAGCGGCCGGGCCGAGCAGGCCGCGCUGGACCAUCCAGACUUGGAACACAUUGACCCAGCAGUGUUAAAAUAUUGCCAUGCAGCAGCGGCAACUUGUAUAGUGGAAGCUGGAAAGCACAGAGCUGAGAGAGCUACUAUAAGUACUUACCUGGAAGACUGUAAGUUUGACAGAGAAAGAAUUGAACAGUUUUGCACCGAAUAUCAGAAAAAUAAAGAUUCCUUGGAAAUCUUAUUGGGAAGUGUAGGCAGAUGUCCACUGCAUAUAACGGAUGUUUCUUGGCGUUUGGAAUAUCAAAUAAAGACUAACCAGCUUCAUAAAAAUUAUCAUCCUGCCUAUCUGAUGACCUUAAACGUAGAGAGCAGUGACUCAAGAUCUCAACCGGACCUUAAUUUUAGUUGUUCUAUGGAACAAUUACAGGAUUUAAUUGGGAAACUAAAAGAUGCAGCUAAAAGCCUAGAGAGAACAACCCAGCUGUAACUACAGUCUCCAGCAGCCUUGUGAAUACAAGAAGAAUUGCCUAUUAUCUAAUAGUUUCUUCUU